CUCUUUCGUGAACGACACAUCACUACCAGAGACUUCGCCGUAUAAUGCAAGUUUCAGCUCGCGGCGUUGCUAAGCUACUUGUUGGCAGAUGUAGUUAGCUAAGCUAGGCGUUUUAGCAGUCUUCUCUGUAACAGCCGGUGGAUCUACCUUAACAUAAUGGCUGUGGCGAUGAGCUCCACCUGCCCGGGCCUUUACUGUGGAAAAACCCUCAUUAACGGGACAAUCGAAGGAGAAUGUGGGGUGUGUCCCCGAGGUGAGAGAGUGAACCUGGAGAAGAUCUGUCAGAAGUGUACAGGUUCUCCAGAGCUCUAUGACUGGCUGUACCUGGGCUUCAUGGCCAUGCUGCCACUGGUCCUGCAUUGGUUCUUCAUCGAGUGGUACUCAGGCAAGAAAAGUUCGAGUGCGGUGCUGCAGCAUGUGACGGCUCUGUGUGAGUGCAGCGUGGCGGCCGUGAUCACCCUGCUGCUGAACGAGCCUGUAGGAGAGCUGACCAUCCGCUCCUGCAGUGUCCAGAUGCUGUCUGACUGGUACACCAUGCUGUACAACCCAAGUCCAGACUACAUCACCACACUGCACUGCACCCAGGAGGCUGUCUUCCCCCUCUACACCAUCGUGCUGAUCUACUACGCCUUCUGCCUGGUGUUCAUGAUGCUGCUGCGGCCGCUGCUGGUGAAGAAGAUUGCGUGUGGUUUGGGGAAGACGGAUCGCUUUAAAAGCAUCUAUGCAGCACUGUACUUCUUCCCCAUCCUCACCGUGCUGCAGGCGGUCGGAGGAGGACUCCUGUAUUACGCGUUUCCCUACAUCAUUCUGGUCCUGUCGCUGGUCACGCUGGCUGUGUACAUGUCUGCUUCGGAGAUCCAGUCCUUUAAGAACCUUGUGGCUAAAAAGAAGCGUCUGGUGGUGCUGUUCAGUCAUUGGCUCCUCCACGCUUAUGGCAUCAUCUCCAUCUCCCGACUGGAUAAACUCGGGCAGGAUUUGCCGCUCUUGGCCCUGGUGCCUGGACCCGCACUCUUUUACCUACUCACGGCCCGAUUCACUGAACCCAACCGCAUUCUGUCAGAAGGAGGAAAUGGACACUGAGGCCCUGACGUGUGUUACGUGUGUGUUAUUACUUUAUCAGUGCACGAGGUUCAUGUUGAAAUGGAAGUCUGUCUCGUGCCUCGAGUCUGCAGCACAGGAAGUGAUUAUAAAGUUGUGUUAAAUUUAAAUGAGCAAUUUAUAAAUCUGGACUUUUGCUGCUAUUUUAAUGAAGCGUUUAUGUAGAAAUGACAUCAUUACAGAGUUUUGGAUGAGAUUUUGUUCUCCACAUAGUCGAGUAAGUUCGAGCUUAAAGUGUGCAUUUCGAUUUUCACCUUUUCUUUAAACUGAGGAAAUAAAUGUCCUGUGCAUGUUUUAGUUUUAUUAACUGUAGAAUAGUUCAGUUCCUUCAUGGAGAAUCGAAAUGGUUUAACAGAAAUAGCAGCAAUGCUUAAAAAUUAGCAUGUCAUUUGUUCAUCUUGCACGUUUUAUCAGGACUUUCAAGUGACGCACUGAUGCUGGAGAUGAAAAAAAAACACAAUCAGAAAAGAGCCAUAACCAUCUGAGAGCUUUUUAUUUUUUGUAAAGUACAGAUGGAGUCUUUUAUAAACGACUCUGGAAUCCGCCUUGUUUUUUCUUUUCCCUCUGUGUAGAGACGCUGAACAUCCUCACCGCUCUGCCUCUGAGCUGUAAAUUAGUACUGAAUGGUACAUUUUCUUUCCCACUUUGUAAAUUUGUACAGUUGUACUGAUUGUGUGUGUGUGUGUGUUCCUCUCUGUGGUGUUUAUUGCAGCUGGUCUGUGAAUGUACGCUCAUUAUUUCUCCUGUUAUUUGUCUCUUCUUGCGAACUUCUCUGUGCCAAACUGUCACAUGCGUGACGUGAGGAUUCUAAACGUGUUCGCGGGAAAAUAACAGAGAUCACCUGAUGUACACGUGAGAGACGUCUCUGUCUGUGUCUGUAUAGCUAGACAUUUUUAUUAGCAUGUGUAUAUACUGUGUGUGUGUGUGUGUGUGUGUGUGUGUGUGUAAUGUCUCUGCAUGUAAAUGGAUCUGUUCAGGGUUUUACUGUUUGAUAAGAAAUCUAUGAAGAAAUGUACAGAGUCACAGGUGCAAUAUAAACGGAUAAAAAAGAAUUCUGACACUGCGUGAGUUUUCACCUCGUUCCUGAGAUACGACUCUCAGCUUUUCUCAUAUUUUAUAAAUAAAUAUAAAGACUGAAA